UUGUUCCAUAUGUAAAGUCAUCUUCAUUGGUGAAUCUUUCACCAAUUAUAUUAAAUAUUUAAUUGGUGAAAAUUAUUGUCAAAUUCACCAAAUAUAAAUACCGUAAGGCAUUAACAUAGUUAAUUAUUUAUUUUAGUCAUCAUGAUAUGCGUUUGCUUGCAAAAUAACUAUGUUCAUUCUAAUUAAACUGCCGUAAUAUCGAGUUGAAACUAUCAUAACUACUUUUCCAAAAAUGGUAGAUGAUAGUUUCUUGCUUUAGUUGUUCCAAAUCCAAUUUUGAAGUCAAAUGAGAGAAAAUAUACAGAGAUUUGUUACUAAACAAGGCCGAGUACUUUUCAUAUGUGUCUUACUUUGCAUGUAUUCCCAAUAUUUGAAUAUAGUGAUGGAUUCCCAAUAUUCUAAUAUAUGGAAUGAAAUUUUUUUUUAAAUUGACUAUAAAAUAAGGGAGGAAAGCAGAUACUAUAUAUAUGUAAGUCACAUCCCUCCUACGUGUAAUAGUCUCUGUUCUUCAAUCUCUCCGCUCUUUUACGUCUGACCUUAGGUUUGUUCCCUUCUUCUCUUAUCUCUCUCUCUCUCUAAAAUUCCUGUGAUUCUAUCUCAGUUUGAUAUGUUCUUGCUCUCUUCUUCCACAAGUUAUCGAUCUCGACGGUCUCGUGGGUUUCUUCUCCUCCUUUUUCUAGUUUGCUCGAUAAUCUUGUUUCUGUUUUGUGGAACCAAACAUGGGUUUUGUCUUUUGCAUUUAAACUUUUAAAAUCUAUUUACUUUUCUGAUCUCGAGAGUGUUUAAAGCCUGAAAGGCUGAAACAGAGCUUUUUUGUGGGUUCUGAAAUAUCAUUCUUGUACACUUUGAUUUUCUUAAGUUGAUCAUAUUUGCAUGUGAUUUUCUUUUUGGCCUGUUUGUGUGUGUUAAUAUGAUCAAAGCAAUUUAUGUUUAGAUUUUCGUUUAGUUCUCUAGUCUUACAAAAACACACUUGCAAGUUGUAAUGCUAAUUCGAAAAUUGUUGCAUUAAGGUCAUGAUUUUGGGUCUAUGAGGCAUGGUUUCUCUUUAAGUUAAUGCUCUACUUAGCACCAAUCUGCAUGAUCAUUCUUUUGGCAUUGUGAAGAUUAAGUAUUAUUAUUACUAUUAUUACUAUUACUAUUAUUAUUAUUAAAUUUUAGUAUUAGAAACUGCAAUAUGAAUCUGUUGAUAAUUGGGAUUCUAUGUGUUUGUCUAGUUAAGCGAUAUCUCUGAUCAUCAUUCUUGUCGCUGGCUAGACUUAAUGGAGGGAUACUCUAACUGGAAGCCUAACGAACAAGGCAGAGACUCGCUUGCCAAUAACGCUAAUGAUUGGAGAUCAACGCAUGAGUUUGAUCUACGAAAAAGGGUUAUUAUCGCAAUAGUGGAAAAGUUGAAGAUAUGUUUUCCUAAACAUAGCCAAAAUGAUAUCAACAAUACUGCUUGUAAAUUUGAGGGUAAGAUCUAUGGCAUGGCCACAGAUAAGAGUGAUUAUCUGCGGAAAAUCAGUGAAAAGAUAAUGGUUUUCGACCAAAGAUUCAAAAGUGUGCAGUCUGGUUCUUUAGUCAAUGAACCUAAUACUACUCAAGAUCCAGCAGCUCAAGCUCUGAAUCAAGGGCCAUCACUUCCCACCUCGUUGUCAUAUACACAGACUCCAACAAGCCAACAAUGGUUUCCUCAAAACAACAUUCAUCAGUCUUCUGGCUUCUCAAAUCAGGUCCCUAUAACCGUCUCCGCGGCUCAGAGCCAAAACAUUCAAAUGGGUGAAGGAGUUCAUUCACAUCUCCUCAGCAAUUCUCAAAGACAGAUUCAGGGAAGAAAACAGUUUUGUACUCAGCCUCAACAGCAGCUACAGAGUUGUAACGACAUGUUUCAAAGUCAAGUGAAUCAACAGCUUCUAAAAGAGAACACCCAUCACUUACAACCUCCUUACAUGCAGCAGCACCAGCACCAGCAAAGUCUGUUAAAACAACCUAUUCAUCAGCAUUUGCCUCAUCACACAUCAUUGUCUACCAUUCAGCAGUCCUUUCCUCAGACUUCUGUUCACUCUAGUCUAACAUCAUCAGGCCAACAAAACUCUCAAUACUUACCAAGACAUAUGUAUGUGCAGUCUCAAGAACAGAAACAACAAGAAUACGAGCAACUCAUCAGUCAACUGAUGAAUGGUCAAGACACGCAGCAGAAUCAUCUAACAUCACAGCAAAACAACUGGGAGCAACGAGGAGCUUUUACAGUAUCGCCUUCCCAGCAGAACAACAUUGUUAGCUUUCAAGAAAUGGGACAACAGAGUAGUAACCCCCAUACUAUGUACCUGCAACAACACCUUUAUUCUCAUAGUAAUAAUGCUUCUUCAUCCUUGGCGUCACAACAGCAGACAUACAUGCCUGGCGGUCAGUCUGGUAACUUUAAUGUGUAUGAGUCAAGUUUGUUGGGUACUCAAGGCCAAGGUUUGGGACAAUCUCAGCCAAUGAUGCUACAACAAUACCAACAGCCUCAGAAUAGAAUCUUACAGCAACAUUUGGAUGAUACACAAAGGCUUCAUGAAGCAGUCUCUUUGCACCAAACCCAAAACGUAGCAAACCAACAGAAUCAGCCAUAUCAAUUACAGAGAGCCCCUACGGAAAAUCCAUAUAUAAAUGCAAGUGGUGGGGACUGGCAGGAGGAGACCUAUCAAAAGGUAUCUGCAUUGUUUCUUAACGUAUUAACAUUAGAAACUAUGAUUCAUUCAUCCUAUGAAACCUAUUAUUAUCUGCAGAUAAAGGCCCUCAAGGAAAAGUAUUUGCCUGUUCUGAGUACACUGCUCCAAAAAGUAUCUGAAAAAUUGGGGGAGGUUGAUUCUCUUCCUCAACAAAAUACGCAAAAUGAGCCUAUUGAAAAGCUAAGGGUAGGCAAAUCAAUGUUGGAACUAGUUGUUAUGUUCUUAAAUGUACAUAGGGACAAUAUAUCAGAGAGUCACAGAGAUAAGUUUAGUCUGUAUGAGGAACAGGUAUUGAGGUUCACCAAGAAUCGACAGACCUUGACUCAGAGACCAAUGCAGCACCAACAAUCCCCAAGUGGUCAUAAUCAACACUCUAAUAUCAGUCUACCUCAGUCUUGUAUGUUUCAUGAGAAGCAAUUUCAUCAUCUCAACCAGCUACUGCAUAGUCAGCAGCAGCAACAACCACAAACCAACCAGCAGCAGCCUCAGAUACAGAACUACUCUUCUCCUCAGUUUGUGGACCAUCAGAUUCUUUCUACAGCAUUUCACAACACAGGAACCUCAUCACAGUCUCUUGCUCCCUCUCCAAAUCUUGUGGAUCUUGAAAAGCCUAUCUAUGUUGAGUCCCUUGUUUCACAUGAUUACCAACUCCAAACAGCACCUCAGGAGCAGCCUAUUGAUCGUCUGAUAGAAGCUGUGCACUCAGUUACUACCACUCCGCCUCUAGAUAUCAUAUCACAAACUGGUAGCUACAAACGGUUAAGUAGCCUUGAAUCUGAAGCUGAUUCCACCGCAUCAUCUGGCUCCAAAGCUCAAAAGAUUGAGCCUGCUUGUACCCUCCUGCAAGAAAUCAAAGAUAUAAAUGGGAGUCUUGUAGAGACAGUGGUAAACAUAUGUAAUGAAGAGGUUUAUCCAAGUGAAGUUACUCCAGGAACAAUUGUCACGUGUUCUUAUUCUCCUGUGGCUCUCAGUGACACAUUCGAAGCUCAUUACAAGUCAGGACAUAUCUCACAGAUUCAGCCAUUACGCUUACUAGUUCCUGUGAAUUACCCAUCUUCCCCAAUCCUUCUUCUAGAGAAACUCUCAUAUGACUCUAGUCUACACAAAUAUGAUGAUUUAUCAGCGAGGACUAGAUCGAGGUUCGGUUUGUCCAUGAAGGAGUUUUCAGAACCUAUGUCUCUUAAAGAAAUAGCUCAAGCUUGGGAUGUUUGUGCAAGAGAGACGAUGGCUGAGUACGCUGAGCAGCAUGGCGGAUGCACUUUUAGCUCUAACUAUGGUCAUUGGGAUCCUGUCUAGGAGCUUCAUGAGCCCUAGAGGUGAAAACUUAUCAGGUGGAGACGUUAGAGCACAAGUUAGGUUUUCUUCUUUGCCUUGCGGUAAAAGAAACAUCAAUAUUAUGUUUAUACAAGUGCAUAGUGUUUUCAUGUGAGUCUGGCUCAUACCAACAUAUUUUUAAAUUUGAUUUAGAUUUUACAUCAAUAUAUAUUUUACAUUAUCGUGA